CACGCGCACUAGCUACGGAUCAGGAUCCAGGUCUUAACUGUCACAGAAGGUCCCUGGUCCAUCUUUUCUUCGCUCAUGUUUCGCUUUAAUCUCCCUUUUGCUUAUUUUUUUAAAAUGUCGGAGAAAGCGGGUGUUUCGGCAGGUUUCUUGCCUUCUUAGAAAAGUGAGUAUUUCCCUGAAAAUAAAACCUGCAACACGAUCGGACAUAAGAGCGCAGCACACAGCGUUGUGUUUUGGGAAGGCAAAACAGGGUUAAACAAAAGGGAUUUUCGGAGCGUUAGGAUUCAAUAAGACCGAUCACGGCCACAUGUAUCAUGGACACAUUAUAUGUCAAGGCUGUCGUAAUGCGAAAGCGUGCCGAGAUGCAUUGUGGUGGUGCUCACAUAGCCUAACGUUAGCUUUGAUGAUGCUAAGAGCCUGAAUGUUGUUGCUGCUGCUGACCACUGCUCACGCGUGUCUGCAAAAAAAACAACAACGAAGAAAUAAAACUCCACCCGGACCCCACCUCGUCUGGAAUGCAGCAAAGCAAACUAAGGAUAGGCUUUUGACAGUUUAAACAGCCAGCCUCUCUUUCAUGCACGUUCGCACCGUUGUCACAAUAUUUCUAUUCGAUUCACGAGCGAAUGGUAUUUUUUUAAAAUCUGGAUAUGGUGAAUUAUAGAAACAGUUCAACUGCUAAAACAUCAAAGUUCACCGGCUCUCAACUGCAGCGCUUGGUGUGUGCAUAUUUCAGAUGUAGAAUGCGGUGGUGUUCCAGCUCAAUGCUCCACCCGCUGCGGUGUGUGCGGGUCAGGUCAUGCGCCAGGAGAGGAAAGAACACGGUGCCUUUGUGGAUUAGGGAAGUAUGGGCAUACAUGAGACUGCUGGUGCAGUCCUUGUACUUCAGCUCCCUGACAGACUCGGAUGUGGUUUUCGACUCGGUCUUUGAACCAGUGUUUUGGACCGUGGACUACGUCACACGCUGGUUCGGCACGGUGUUUGUUUGUCUGGUGGUGAUACUGACCGGCUCCAUUUUGGCCAUAGCGUAUCUGAUCUUGCUGCCUAUGAUCUUUCGCACAUACACUCCGCUGUGGAUUGCUUGGCACGUUUGUUACGGACACUGGAACAUGGUCAUGAUCAUUUUCCAUUACUACAAGGCCAUCACGACUUCCCCUGGGUCACCCCCGACGGAAAAAAAUGGCAGUCCGUUUGUGGCAGUUUGCAAAAAAUGCAUCAUUCCCAAACCAGCAAGAACACACCACUGUGGUAUCUGCAACAGGUGCAUCCUAAAAAUGGACCAUCAUUGUCCCUGGCUGAAUAACUGCGUUGGCCAUUUUAACCACCGUUAUUUCUUCUCCUUCUGCGUCGCACUGGCCGUGGGCUGUGUGUACUGUAGCAUCAGUGGCAGAAACCUGUUCAUAGAGGCAUACAAUGCUAUUGAGCGCUUCAAGCACCUGGAUGGGGAAAAGCCUGGGGUACCGGUCACGGGGAUGGGAGUUCUCAUAGGGCUUCUCCCCCCUGGUCAGACCACCUACCAGACAGCUGCACCUCCGCAUACCUUUAAGGAAAAGCUGAUUCACAAGAGCAUCAUCUACAUGUGGGUGCUCACCAGCACUGUGGCGGUGGCCCUGGGGUCUCUGACCCUUUGGCACGCAGUCCUCAUAUCCAGAGGAGAGACCAGCAUCGAAAGACACAUUAACAGCAAAGAAAGAAAUCGAGUGGUCAAACGAGGAGGGGUUUACAGAAACCCUUUUAACCAUGGCAGGCUGAACAACUGGAAGAUCUUCUUGGGCGUGGAGAAGACAAGUCACUGGUUGACACGCGUUCUGCUUCCCUCUGGACACGCCCCACCUGGAGAUGGUUUGAAAUGGGAUGUCUUCCCUGUUAAAAAGGACUUAAUACCCGUAUGACCGGCUCGACUCAGGCGUACCUGCAGCCUAAUGUCAGCGGUUUCUGCUGUUUCCAACUCAACCUGGUCAUUUGAUCCGGUUGACGGUUAGGAUUCCUCUAUGGUGGCUUCAUACAGCGGAAGAAGUGGGAACAUAUCAGCGUCCAUUACCUCUAACAGUUGCCGUGACAUUGCUCAUGGUUUACAUCUACAUUUUUCAUCAGUGCAAAAGGAAAUGUGUCAAAUGGAUGGUUUGUUCUCUAGUGGGUUUUACAAACAUGUUUUACUUGACUUUGAGCUUUGUAAAACUGCAGGACCAGGAUAAUGUGUUAUUUAUCUGUAUUUUUUACCUGUUAAGUUAAUAAAUCUUUAUAAAGUG